CGGAUCAACAGUUGGUUCUGCUUACGGUUACACUUAGGGGGUAAGGAUACGGAUGGGCUUGCAUUCACAGAUCCUGGCGGGCUCUUUCUGAAGCCAGUGAGGCAUGGUCGAACUGCUUUAUCGACGCUAUGUAGGUUGCCAAGCGACCGUAACCAAGCGUUCCAAGCCCAAAACAGAAAACACAAAACGCAAAACAGAAGGAGCUAGCAAGGCGUAAGGAGUGAAAAUCCCGGAAAAAAGAAAGGCUCUGGAAAAAUGAUACUUUCACGCGGAAAAACCGACUCGGCGAGCUCGAGAAACGCCAGCGGAGGAACUGGCAGUGGACUUGGGGUCGGUCGGCAGGCGAGAAAGACCCCGGCACCGGCAUCCCUCGAGGAUUUCAUCAUCAAGCGGGACUACACGGGUGCCAGGGCAUUUCUAGAGUACGCCAACGAUGAUGAGGACGAGGAGGAGGGAGCCCACGGACCAAAACAACGUCAGGUGGAUCAAUGGAUUGCCUUCUGCAACUUCCACUUGGGUGACUACCAACAGGCAUUGUCUCAAUACAAAGCCAUUCAACAGAGUUCCGCGGGUUCUGAUGGAAAACUGGAUCUCAACCUGGCCGUCUGCAUGUUUUACUUGGGCUUGUACGAGGAGGCUCAACAAUUGAUGGCCAAUGCGGCUGACAACCCGCUAAAGCAGCGACUUCUGUUCCACUUGGCUCACAAAUUGGGAAACGAAGAGGAAUGGAGUCAGUUGCAGGAGGAACUCCAGGAUUCAUCGAGUUUGGAGCAACAACUUAGCCUGGCUUCUAUGCACUAUAUGCGAGCUCAUUACCAAGAAGCCAUCGAUGUCUACAAACGAGUUUUGGUGGACAACAAGGACUAUCAGGCCAUAAAUGUCUACUUGGCUCUGUGUUUCUAUAAGUUGGAUUACUAUGACAUGUCCCAGGAGGUUUUGGAUGUGUAUCUAAGUCAACAUGGCGAUAGCACUAUUGCUAUAAACUUGAAGGCUUGUAAUCGUUUUCGUUUGUUUAAUGGCCGAGUUGCCGAGCAGGAGAUCAAAAACAUUGCAGAUAAUGGCACUUUUGGUGCAGAUCUCUUGCGACAUAAUUUGGUGGUUUUUCGGAAUGGUGAAGGAGCUCUACGUGUCCUUCCAGGAUUACUUAAUAUCAUUCCAGAAGCUCGCUUGAAUUUGGCUAUUUACUAUUUGAAGCAAGGAGAUGUUCAAGAAGCUCAUGCUUUAAUGAAGGAACUGCAACCCACUUCGCCACAUGAAUAUAUUCUUAAAGGUGUGGUUCACGCUGCUCUAGGACAACAAUUGGGAUCGAAAGAGCACAUUAAGACAGCCCAACAGAAUCUCCAUUUGGUGGGCAGCUCGGCCACAGAAUGUGAUACCAUUCCAGGUCGACAAAGUAUGGCCUCUGCCUUUUUUCUUUACGAACAAUUCGAGGAGGUUCUGGUCUACAUGAACUCCAUUCGCAGUUACUUUGUAAACGAUGAUGUUUUCAACUACAACUUUGCCCAGGCAAAAUGCGCCACAGGUUAUUACAAAGAGGCGGAGGAGUUGCUAAUGCAGAUAUCCGAUAUGGAUAUAAAAAACCAGCACACCUACUGCAUGAUCUUGGCCAAGUGUCACAUACACUGUGGACACCCUGAGUUGGCCUGGAAUGUAUUCAUCACCAGAGACACAAAUGCUGAGGCUUUUAUCCUGCUGCAAUUGAUUGCCAAUGAGUGCUACAGGUGUUCAGAGUUUUGGGUGGCAGCCAAAGCUUUUGAUAUGCUCGAAAAACUCGAUCCCAGUCCUGAAAAUUGGGAGGGAAAACGGGGAGCCUGCGCCGGAGUUUUGUUUGCCUUGUGCACCAAAGCUCAAAGAGGUCGUCCUGGUGGAGGAAUAUCCGAGGUUAUUGGCAUUUUAAGAGACUCAUCAAAUUCCCAAGCAGAAGCCAUGAUUAAAACCAUAAGGAAGCACAUAAGUCAUUUCAAAUAG